CCAGUCAGGGUGUGACACCCCCGCCCCCCGCUCAGUAAUACAGGCCCUGACCUGGCAGCUGCCCCCUCCCCCCAGGCCUGGCCUGGCUAAAGUGGCCCCGUGACACCAAAGCCUCUUAGGGAGCGAGAAUCCCGGCUUGACCCCUUGACUCUGAGCCAGCCCCUCCCCCGUCCGGUGCCAGGAUGGGGGGAGCAGGGCAGGAGGGGCCGUGCCGGGCUGGGAGGGCAGGGGGGGCAGGAGGAGCCCAGGGGCCUGGCUGGGCCCCGUGUCGCCCCCUCCCCUCAGACCCGCUGCGCCCUCCAGUCGUUGCCACCAUGCGGGACCUGCAGAAGAGGGAGAAACUGGAGCAGGCAGCGGGCGCGGCCCUGGGCAGGACUCUCAGCAUCCGGCGCUUGGACGUCUGCAGCGACGCCUCGGUGGCCGAGUGCCUGGGCGGCCUCCCCGAGCGCCGGGUCGACGUGCUGGUGAACAACGCGGGCGUGGGACACAUCGGGCCCAUCGAGAGCAUCAGCAUCGCGGAGAUGAAACGCGUCUUCGAGACCAACUUCUUCGGGGCCGUGCGCAUGGUGCAGGCUGUGCUGCCCGACAUGAAGCGGCGCCAGAGCGGCCACAUCGUGGUGAUGAGCAGCGUGAUGGGGCUGCAGGGUAUUGUGUUUAACGACGUCUACGCGGCCUCCAAGUUCGCCAUGGAGGGUUUCUGCGAGAGCCUGGCCGUGCAGCUGCUCCAGUUCCACGUCUUCGUGUCCCUGGUGGAGCCGGGCCCGGUGAACACGGACUUCGAGCUGAAGCUGAUGGAGGACGUGUCCCGCUCCGAGUUCCCCGGAACCGACCCAGCCACGCUGCGCUAUUUCCAGGAGGUGUAUCUGCCGGCCUCCCGCGAGAUCUUCUCCACCAUGGGCCAGAGUCCCGAGGCCGUGGCCAAGGCCGUGGUGCAGGUGAUCGGCGCGGGUCGCCCCCCCUUCCGCACACUGACCAACCCGCUGUACACGCCGCUGACGGCGCUGAAGUACGCCGACCCCUCGGGGGAGAUGUCCGUCCGCACCUACCACAACCUGCUCUUCAACUACGGCGCGCUCUUCCACCUCAGCAUGCGGGCCCUGCGCUGCCUGACCUGCCAGUGCUUCCGCCGCAGGGUCGCCCCGGCCUGAGCCCGCCUCCGAAACCAGCCAGGACCCCGUGCAGCGCCAGGGUGGAGAAUCGCCCUGAACCCCGUCACGGCAGCUGUUUCACCGGCUGCUUCCCUUUGCCGCUCGCCCCGUGCCCUUUAUUUCCAGCUGAAGUUCUCUAGCCUCAACGUCCAGCCGCUCCACCGAUGUCUGCUGGACUGGGGAGCCGGUUAUUAAAUCUCUGCUCCCCACGUAGGUACCUCCGGCCUGCGACCAGGUCCCCCCUGCCCCGUCUCUGCCCGACGUUAAAUAGCGCUGAGCACGUGGAGUCUGUCCCUCCAAGGCAGGUUUCUAACCCUAGAAUCCUUCUCGGGGCUGUUCUCUGAGCCCUCGAAUUGCUCAGCUCCUCCUGGAGUGACAGGCGCCAGAACUGGGCCCAGGAUCCCAGCAGCCGUCGCACCAGUGCCAAAGCCAAGGGGAAAAUAGCCUCUCGGCUCCUCCCCGACAUUCCCCUGGUCACGCCCCCCGGGGAUCUCCUUAGCCCGUUUGUCCCCAGCGUCGCACGGGCAGGUCGUGUUCAGCUGAUUCUCCACCACGAUUUUCAGAGUCCCUGCUCCCGCGAUUGAACCCCACAGCCUGUAGGAACGGCCUGCAUGCUUUGCUCCUAGACGCAGACGUUUCCAAUGAGCUGCAUUAAAACACAAGUCGUUUUCUUGCACUUCACAAGCGGUCCGGAUCGCUCUGGAUCAGUGACCAAUCCAGAUCACUCUGGGUCAGCGACUAAUCCGGAUCGCUCUGGAUCAGUGACCAGUCCUCCCCCCGUAUUUACCACACCUCCAUUUUUAUGUGUUCUGCAAACUCGAUCAGUGAUUUUAUGCUUUCUUCCAGGUCAUUAUACAGCUGUUAAAUCGCGUAGGGCCAAGAACUGCUCCCUGUGGGACCCCUGGAAACACCCACUGGCUGACGAUCCCCCAUUUACAGUUGUCUCUGGAGACCUUUCAGUUAGCCAGUCUGUAAUCCUGUGCAUGUGGGUCAUGUUCAUUUGAUAUCAGUCUCGUCUUAAUCAAAAUGCGGCGCGAUAGCAAGUCAAACGCCUGAAUAUUGGGUCAACACUAUGACCUUUAUCAGCCAAACUUGUAAUCAAAUCAAAAAAGGCAUCAGGUUAGUUUGACAGGAUCUAUUUUCCAUAAACCCAUGUUCAUUGAGUCUUUAUUAAUCCAGCCCCUGAUCAGCCGCGCCAUAAUUUUGCCCAGGAUCAGUGUCAAGCUGACAUGCCUGUAAUUAUCCUGAUUGUCCCAUUGACGCUUGUUAACCAUUGGCCCAACGUUCCCUUCCUUUCAGUCUUCUGGAACUUCCCCAGUGCUCCAGGACUUAUUGAAAAUCAACAUUAAUGAUCCAGCAACCCCCUCGUCCAGCUCUUUGAAACUCUUGGAUGCAAGUAAUCUUGACCUGAUGAUUUUUAAAUGUCUGAUGUUAGUAGCUGGUGUUUAACAUCCUCUUGAGUUACUGUUGCAAUGGGACGUGGUUUAUCAUAUGAUAUGACUAGAUCAUCUGGCCUUUUUCCAACUAUAGAACAGAAAUAUUUAGUGAACACUUCUGCCUUUUCUACAUUAUUAUUGACAGUUUACUCCUGGUGGAAUUCUGCACCAAGAAAAUUAAAAAUU